AUUUGAUUGGCUAGAAUCGGGACCGGGGGCCAGACAAACCCCGGUCAUGCACAAGCUUAGGGAGGUAAGUAGCUGCUUUACCUAAUAACCACUUAGUACUCCUAUUACUAAAGAUUCCAAGAUGCGCCUUGCCUGCAUAAACGAUUCUGGGGAAGUGGUCGAUAUUGCCGCCGCUAUUGCGAAACAACCUUUCCAGGCCCGAUCCCUGCUGCUGGAUUCGUUGUUCUCGUCCUUCCAACUUCUCCCAGGCUCUCCCGACUUUUUCCAUACGGAACAUGCUAUUCGCGACGCACUGGUCAAAGUCCAGGGCCAACAGGAACGAUACGUGAGGACGUAUAUCCUUACACGGUCUCUCGAUAUCCGCACAGAGAAAACCCCAAGGGCAAACCUGAUCCAUGCUUCCUUCAAUCAUGGCGGUCCCAUAGCGCUUCUCGGUAUUUUUUACGCCACCUUUGACGCGCACCGCAACACCCGCAGUCGUGAGACCCUCGACUAUCUUGUAAAUAGGGCCUCCGAAGAAUCCAGACUCGAGCUGAUCUACCGGACCAACACAUUCCCCCACAACCCUUCUGUGGUUGGUUGGCUCGAACGCAUCUUCGACAAGUUUGAUUCGGACACGCAGGGGCUUGCGUGCAUUCUGCAGUGGUUGGGUACAUCUAACAUACCAGUAGACAUAUUUCGCCGAGCCAGAGUGCCCUCCUUAAGUUGGGGUGCCGAUGGCGAGGUAACUGGCAUUUCCACUCGCAUCAUCUCCCUGGUUAAAGAUGAAGAAAAGCUAGCUACAGCUACCUGGAAUCUAGACUUCUCCGGGUUUUCUAAGUCAAGGCCACCUGUAAUAGAUAUAAAUAGGCGCGUAGCUGAACUUCUCAAACAUCGUCUGCAGACUGCCACCUGGCUCCCAAAAGUGGCCAAGAUCAUUUUCCACGCAAUACCUAAAUACGCACCGGCGGGGCCUGAGGAAAAUUGUGUCCAGAUAUGCGAGUCGCUGAUGCCCCAUGUCGCACUCAUUCUAAGCCAUUUAGAUGAUACCCAGGUAGGAAUCCUUCGUGACCAGAUGGAUCUUGGGGAGGUUGUCGAGUCAUGUUUGUCAAUGUCAUAUUUUCGCGAUAAGCACUGGAAGAUGCAGGCCAUAUCGGUUGCUACGCGUGCCAUCAACGCCUUGCAGGAUAAUGCUGUCACCAAGACAUUACUCCAAGCCAGGGUGGAUGCAAGGAGGUAUUUUCUAUCCGUUUUAUAUCCGGAUAGCGAUAUUGACGGAAAUCAAGAAGAACAAACCAACGUUCCUGUCGUUGAUUGCCUCUCCAAUGCCUUCGCGGCAGCACUAGCGAUAACAAGGGCUCGAAGAUGUGUACAGCUGAACCAGUUAUCGUCCGCCCUCAACCAUCUAGACAAUCAUGUUUUCCUGAAUAAUAACCCCCCUUCAACUCUUGAAAUUCUGUGGAAACGUCGCAUGGCUCUCAUGCGUGCCAGGAUCUUACGCUUCGAAGGUCAUUUUCAGCAAGCCCACGAUAUCCUGCUGGACUUGCCGCAGCACAUAGACGCAGUCUGGGUGUUGCUUAGUACGGUGCUUUCCGAGCUUGGUAGAUACGACGAAGCAAUUGAGAUGCUUAAAACACGUAAUCCAACCCAAGAAAAGACCAGCUUACGAGCUCAGCUCAGCCUAGCCCAUGCAUAUCUCUUAAAAUGCAUGCAUGCGUCGCUCGGAGGGCAAGUCAUUGACCAGAUUUCAUUACAAAUGUCGGGUGACAUCUACGAGAGACUCUGUCGUCAUCACCACCCCAGUAAUUAUUUUGAGAAGAUGGACUAUUAUCUUUCUAUCCUAAUGGGGCUCGCUGCCGUUAAGCACAUGAGCGGCCAGGCCGACGCCGCUUUACUCGCGUGGAAGAAAGCACUUUAUACCUCGAUGGACUGGCUCCCCACUGGCUAUACAGAUAUGAUAAUUUCGUAUUCUAUAAGCGAACUCGAGUCACGGCGAGAAUGCUACAUUAUGGCAGACGCCUUUGCAGGACAAGCGAGCAUGUUGUUCUCCAAGACUGGUCGGCAGCAUCAUUUCCCUGGUUUGGGAUCUCUUUGGCCUGAUAUCAUAGGACACUGGCGCUUUUCCCGAGGGCAAGAUCCCAUAAUUUUACAAUGAGCUGACCAUUAUAACUACUUAAAUAUAUAUAUAACUACCUAUAUAUAUUAUAAGGUUAAAGGUGUUUUCAAAUACUAGCUGCGUUACCCAUCUAAUCCAAUAAAGUACCUAGUGUCAGGAUUCUAGAUGAGACAUUUAGAACAAAGGACAUGUUCAGUGUGUAUAGACAUAGGCCCUCGUAGAUAGAUUAGAGUUCC